AUGCUUCUUUUAGAGGGUGUAUUGUUGGCGGCUCCGGUGACUGAAAGCGAUGAAGACUGCUUGCUGCCUGAGCGUUACGACGCUUUGAUGGCUUUUGCGAGCUUUAACACCCCUCCCAAAUUAUGUGUUUUCGAAAAACUUAGGUUCACAGGUUUGCGACUUGUGAUCAACGGCUGCUUCAAUGGUAUUUGA